CUUUCUGUUUUUACAUUUCCAGUUUCUUCUUUUCUUCGAUACCCAGGGCUAGAUCCUUAUCAAUAAAACUGUUAAACACGCAUGUGUCGGUAAAGACUAGUAUAGUAUAAUAAUAAUAAUUUGCGGGUCAGAAUUACGCCGCUCUAGACCGGACCCGCUACUCGGGGUUGGUUUUGCUUGAAAAGUCAACUGCUCGGGGUUGACCCAACCUUGCUUUUAUUCAGAGCGGUGCACAGUUUUUUCAGGUCUUCACCUCCUCAAGCCCUAGUGCCCUACGGAACUUUUUGGGCUUUCUUCCUCUGCGGACUAGUGAAAUUCGUGAGCUUUCUUGUUCUUUGUUUAUUUGAGUGUUUGUAUUGCUGAUUUGCCAAAUGGGUUCAUCUGUUUCAUGGAGAUACAUUUGAGUUUGUAUUGCUGAUUUUGCCCAUAUUUGGACUAUAGUCUAUAGACGAUUACUUGGUUGAUCUGAGUCAUUAGCACAUGUAUUGUAAGAAGUUUCCGAAAUGAAGCAAAGGCACUAGAUGCUUGGGUGAUCAGCAGCAAAUGUAGGAGAUUUUGCUUUGUACUGCUACUGGUUUUAUUCUUGUUUCAGGGUAGAAUUGUUGCCAUUGUUAAUCUGUGAUGGAUAUAUAUUUUUUCCUUUCAAUUAAGUUUGGUUGUUAAAUCCUUUUUUGAAUUGGUGUAUUCCAGUGCAAGCACAAAAUUUUCUUGUUGUUAAGAAUCCAAGCCCUCCCAAAGCCUGAUUCCUGGAUCCGCCACUGCUUCACUUGCAAAAUUAGAAAUGGCUAAAAGAAAAGCCCAAGAAGCUUUGUCUCCAUCUUCGUCUUCUUCUUCAAAAUCAAAGCAUUGGAUGUAUGACGUGUUCCUGAGCUUCAGAGGCAAAGACACACGUAACAGCUUCACCGGCCACCUCUACGCGGCACUGAAACAGGCUGGAGUCAACGCCUUCAUUGACGACAACGAACUCAGAAGAGGGGAAGACAUAGCAGCCGAACUGGUGCGGGCAAUCCAAGGGUCGAGAAUUGCUGUGAUUGUCUUCUCGAAGAGGUAUGGGGAUUCGAGUUGGUGUCUGGAGGAGUUGGUGAAGAUUAUGGAGUGCAGAAGAACACUGAGGCAGAUGGUUUUCCCUAUUUUCUUUGACGUUGAUCCUUCCAGUGUGAGAAGACAAACUGGUAGUUUCGCAGAGGCGUUUCGGAAACAUGAAGAGCGUUUGGUGUUGGAUAUGGAAAAGGUACUCAAGUGGAGAGCUGCUCUUACUGAAGCCGCAAAUUUGUCUGGCUGGGAUCUGAGUAACACUGCAGAUGGGCAUGAAGCAAAGUUUAUCACCAAAAUUGUUGCGGAGAUUACUAGACACUUGAACAACACACACCUAUUUGAAGCUGUCUACCCGGUUGGAAUCGAUUCUCGGGUAAAAGAUAUGAGUAAGCAUUUAGGUGCUGGACUAGAUGAUGUUCGUAUGGUUGGAAUUUGGGGGAUGGGUGGAAUAGGGAAAACAACUAUUGCCAAAGCCGUAUAUAACAAAUUUUGUGGUAGCUUUGAAGGUAGUAGUUUCCUGGCAAACGUUAGGGAAGCUACAAAACAACCAAAUGGUCUUGUUCGUUUGCAAGAACAGCUUCUUUGUGAUAUCUUGAAAACAACCAAGAUAAAGGUUGGUAGUGUUGAUAGAGGGAUCAAUCUGAUAAAAGAAAGACUUCGAUGUAGAAGGGUACUUAUCAUAAUUGAUGAUAUAGAUCAACUGGACCAGCAAUAUGCAAUGGCUGGAAACAGUGACUGGUUUGGUUUAGGAAGUAGACUUGUUAUCACAACCCGAGAUGAACGUUUGCUAAAUCAAAUUGGAGUGGAUUCAAUAUAUCCGGCUCCAGAAAUGAAUGAAACAGAGGCUCUUGAACUCUUUAGUUGGCAUGCCUUCAGAAAUGGUCGUCCUGAUAAAGAAUAUUCUGAACUUUCUAGUAGUAUAGUUGCUUGCUAUGGAGGCUUGCCACUAGCUCUUGAAGUUUUAGGAUCUUUUCUGUUUGGAAGAAGCAUGGCCCAGUGGAAAAGUGCAUUGGAGAAAUGGAAGACAAUUCCUCAUGGCCAAAUUCAGGAAAAGCUCAGAGUAAGCUUUGACGGGCUAAAUGAUGAGACAGAGAAGAAUAUAUUUCUUGAUAUAUCUUGUUUCUUUAUAGGAAAGGACAAGAACUAUGUCAGACAAAUAUUGGAUGGUUGUGGUUUUUUUGCAGAAAUAGGAAUCAGUGUCCUCCUUGAGCGACGCCUUUUAACUGUGUGUGAAAAGAACAAGCUGAUGAUGCAUGAUUUGCUUCGAGACAUGGGCAGAGAAAUUGUUCGUGCAAAAUUCCCUGGUGACCCUGGAAAGUGUAGUAGAUUGUGGCAUCCUAAAGAUGUUACAGAUGUAUUGACAGAACAUUCUGGAACUGAAGAAAUUCAAGGGCUCACUCUAAGUUUGCUAGGAUCCGAUAAGACUAGUUUCAGUACACAAGCAUUUGCAAAUAUGAAGAGAUUAAGAUUGCUCCAACUCAAAUUCGUGCAGCUCAGUGGAGGCUACGAGCAUCUUUCUAACAAGUUAAGGUGGCUGUGCUGGCAUGGGUUCCCUCAUAAGUUCCUACCGAACGACUUUAAUCUAUCAAAUGUAGUUGCUAUUGACCUGAAACAUAGCAAACUUGUACAAGUUUGGAUGGAAUCUCGGAUGCUUAAGAAGCUGAAGAUUCUAAAUCUCAGUCAUUCGCAUUACCUGAGACAAUCACCAGACUUUUCAAAACUUCCGAACCUCGAGAAAUUGAUACUCAAAGGCUGUAAGAGUUUGUCUGAGGUUCACCAGUCCAUUGGAGAUCUUGAAGGACUUGCUGUGGUAAAUCUUCAAGACUGUAAGAUGCUCAGGGAGCUCCCAGUAACUUUCUCCAAGUUGAAAGCUAUUGAAACUCUUAUUCUUUCUGGCUGUGCAAAAUUUGAAAAGUUGACUAAGGACUUAGGUGAGAUGGUAUCCUUGAGAACUCUGCUAGCAGAGGACACAGCCAUAAGAGAAAUACCAUCUUCCAUAACACAGUUGAAAAACCUUGAAUAUUUACAUCUAUGUGGCCUGAACCAACCACCAUCUAAAUGGUUUGUGACUAGCUUCUGGUCUCAUCUGUUGCCAAGAAGAUGUGUUAAAUUUCCUCCAUCCUUAUCAGGUUUAUACGCUUUAAAAGAGUUGUAUGUUAGAGACUGCAAUUUAACAGACAGUUCAAUGCCUAAGGAUAUUGGGAGUCUAUCUUCUUUGGAAGAAUUGGAUCUUGGAGGAAACUGUUUUGGUAGCCUUCCAUGUCUCGGUGGUCUUUGCAAGCUUCAAUAUCUCACAUUGGAUAGUUGCAAUUUAACUGAAGCAGCAAUUGAAGCUACGAAUCUUUGGAGUCUACCAUCUCUAGAUUAUUUGGAUCUAAGUUGCAAUAGUUUUCGUAGCCUUCCCAGCCUCAGUGGACUUUCCGAGCUAGAGACUCUAAAUUUGGAUAAUUGCAAAAGUCUCUAUGCAAUGCCAGAAUUACCAAUAAAUUUGGCUGUGCUGAAAGCAGAUGGUUGCACUGCACUGGAAAGAAUGCCAGAUUUUUCAGAAAUGUCGAGAUUGUGUUGGUUGAAUCUCAGACAUUCUUCCAAACUAAUUGAGAUUCCCGGCUUGGAUAAGUCAUCCAAGACCAUGCUACAUAUUGAAAUGCAAGGGUGCACAAAUAUCAGUGAAACUGUUCGGGAGAGCAUACUACUACAGGGUUGGAGUUAUGCUAGCAACUAUCAUGGCAUUUAUCUCCCAGGAAAUGACAUUCCUGAGUGGUUCACAUAUGUCAAUGAUGGUGGCCGAGUCUCUUUUCAAGUGCCUCAAAAUGUUGGCUGUGACCUAAAAGCAUUGACCGUGUGCAUCACUUAUUCUUGUUUUUCAAACAGUCAAUCUUUCAAUUAUAUUUCCAUAUAUGUUAUAAAUCAUACCAAGCUCACUAGUUUUUUCAUCCAACCAUCGAAACCCAAGGACAUUAUUUCCAGUGGAGUUAUUUGGCAGGGACGUUUGUCAAACAGAAUGUUUAAUUUGGAAGGUGGAGACUUCGUAGAGGUUUGUGUAGCGAUUAAUUCUUGCUUCCAAGUGAAGAAAAUAGGGGUCAAUCUUGUCUUGGACGGAUCUAUCGAAAUUCAGCCGCAUGCGUGUGAAUCUCUCCCAUAUGCGUAUUUUCGUCGUGACAAAGAUGAUGAGGGAGAAAUCACAUCCGAAAGAGGACUUGCUGAUAAUGUGGCAGGACCAAGCCAUUACUCAUUUCAUUCCAGUAGUGGAGUACAGAUGAAUUAUGAGUGAAAUAAAGCUGAAACGGAUAUAGCAGCUUAAAGCUCUUUAUUACUGCAUUAAAGCUCAAUCCAAAAGCUGCGAGGAAACUGAUGCAGACAUCUGAUGAUGAGGCAACAGCUAUUAGCGAAAAACAAAAGACAAAAGAAAAAGGUAUGAAAAACUGAACUUGACUUGUUUGAACUGGCAUUUCUGAGCGUAAGCUAAUUAAGUUCCCUUAACUAUAUAUGAAGUGGAAAAACAUUAUGCAGAUGGUUUCGAAUAUAACAAUAUUAAUUGUUCAGUUAUGGCUGUAAAUGUUUCUAAUAACAUGUCAAAAAACUGUGAACUGAUUGUUAAUUUAGUAAAUCAACUUUUUUUUUAAGAAAAGAAAUUAUUACUGUCGAUGAAACCUAAGGCAAUGAGGAUAUAAAGAUAAAGAUUAUGACAGUAAAGUUAUUUAUUCUAACACUGUCGAAUUAUAGGUUCAAAUCUCAUUGGCAUCAAGGAUGGGUGGGGCGAGGUUGAGUGGGUAGAGGUGGGGAUAAAAUAAAUAAAUAAAUAAAAAUAUAGUUAUUUGGUGAUUUCUGCAAAUUUACUAUGAGAGAUAUGAACAAUACAGGUCACCGUUACUAUAGUUAGUACAAUCUUCAUUUCAUUGGUUUUGGUGAUUGGUUUUUUCUUUAAUCAAAGAAAAAUGUUUGGAGAUAAUUCUUUGUAAAUUAAUUACUCUUUCUUGGUUUUUAACCUUAUUUUAUGAUAUUUUAAAAGAAAAAAAAAAUCUGUCAUGAAGUUGGAAGUUGUUCAAGUUAAGUACAGCAUUGAGAAAUGAAUGGGUCAUUUACCUUUUAUUAAUAAUGUAUUGAUCUUCCUAUAAAGGAUUUCUGCUAUCUAAAUAAGAUGUUCCACAGGUAAAUUGGCAGGCAGAAAAUUUUCUUUCUCAAGCAGGAGAAGAUUUUCUUUCUCAAGCAGAAAUUUACCUUUUAUUAAUAAUGGUUGUGCUUACCUUACCAACAUAUGCUAUGGCUUACUUUGUCCUCCCAAUGGCAUAUGCUAGGUUUCAAAUAAUUUCUUCAGUUUGGUGGGCUGAUGCAAUGGGAAACAAAGAAUGCACUUAGGUGCUUGGCUUCACCUUAACAAACCAUAAAUGGGAAGGUAUUGGUUUUCAAGAUCUCCUAUGCUUGCAAAAAUUGGGUGGAGAUUGUUUUAAAAGAAAAAAAAAAAAGGAUAAUAUAUUGUUUAAACUCUUACUCUUACAACCAAAAUGUCUUUCUUUUGCUUUCCAUGAUGCAUGGCUUGCUACCAGAUCAUUGUGGGGAAUGUGUAGCAUAUUGCAGAGUGAGGAAGAUGUUGUUUGCUGACCUUACAUUAAGGGGUUGGGAAUGCGGAGACUAGAAGCAAGAAUGACACCUGGAUACAUGUUUGCUGACCUUACAUGCCUGACUGAUCCCUUGUCCCAGUUAUGGAAUUAGAUGAGUAGUUAAUACAAUGAUUGUUCAAUGCUCCAACUGCCAACUAGGUCUGCUUUCCAGACUGCUUGCUCUUGCACUUCACAAAGCAGAUUUCCUACAAUGGGUUGUUAGGGAGGAAAAGGAAGAGGCUGGAAAAUCUAAUGGAAAAAAUACUAAAAGUAUGGCAAGCUCAUGUGCCACAUAAACUACAGUAUUUCAGGUGGAGGUGUUGCAAAAACUUUGUGGCAGUCAAACACUUUCUUUCUUGAAGAGGAAUGUGGCUGUACAGAAGGUUUGCUCUUAUUGUGGUUUUAAGGAUGAAUACAUAGUGUACUUGUUCUGCAUCUUGAAUAUGUACGUAUUUUCUGGUUUGGCUGCCAUCUUUAACUCGACACAGCAGAUAAAUGGGGCGCAUUUGUUAGCAUGUUGAAGAGGGAUUUGCAGCAGUUCUGAGCGACUCGAUUACUAGCAUCAGGGAAGGAGCUUGCUAUUUGAAUAUGAUGCUGUAUAAUAUUAUGUAAAUAUUUACUUUUCUUAUACAUAUAGAUUUCGUCUCUCUGAAUAAUUGUAGGUGAUCGUUUCUUGUUAGGAUUAUUCUUGUAUCACUUUAUAAACCCUAUUUUUUGGAGGUGAAUAAUAUUGAAGCAUUCCAAACA